CACAGUCUAUACCGGAAAAUUUGGAACUGCCUUCAAUAGGACCGUCAUCAAUGGUUUCAGUCAAGGAUCUGUUGCAGUAGAUGCUGAGCUGAUAUUCAAUAAAGUAGAAACACUGCCAGAUGCCAGCUCUGCAGCUAGCACUUUGAAGACUGCUGCUUCCAGCUCUAAUUUUACCCUCACUGUUAACACAUCAUCUAUUACUACAACUGUUGUGUUGGUUCCAACUGAAGCCCCAGCCAAAGUUUCUACUUCAACAUUAAUGAAAACAACUCCAACACCAGACCAUGGAACCUCAACACUAGUCAGCAUGGCCUCCACACCACUCACAACAAGUGAGGUAUCAACCUCAAAUGCAGUGACUAACACCUUGCCAACAGUAACUCAAACUAUGCCUGUCACCUCAACUCAAGUCCAAAUGAGCUCAACAUCACGCCAUCCAACAACCACAUCAGCAGCAAUCAGUUCAACCUCAACAUUAACUCCCAUGUCCACUUCACCAAUAGACCAUGGGACCUCUACAGCAGUCAGCAUGGCCUCCACACCACUCACUACAAGUGAGGUAUCAACCUCAUAUCCAGUGACUAACACCUUGCCAACAGUAACUCAAACUAUGCCUGUCACCUCAACUCAAGUCCAAACGACCUCACCUCUACUUCAAUCAACCACAGCAGAAGCAGGAAGCAGUGCAACCUCAGUGCAACAAACCACUACUGCUGCACCGCCCACGACAACAACACCUGCCCCACCUGCAGAGCCAAAAAUUAAAUUGGAAUUUAAGCUGCAGGCGACUUUCACACAAGAACUAAAUGAUAAAUCCUCACCAGAGUUCCAGAAAUUAAGUCAGCAAGUAUCCUCUGCGGUACAAACCAACGCUUGCUUUUAA